UUGUCCUUCCAGUUCAUUUCCCAGCUGAUGAGCUUCCUGAUCGGCUUCGUGAGUUUGGUGUUCUGCGGUCAUUUGGGGAAAAGCGAGCUAGCCGGGGUAGCGCUAGCCAUAGCGGUGAUCAACGUGUGCGGCAUCUCCAUCGGCAGUGGGCUGGCGUCGGCGUGCGAUACGCUCAUAUCUCAGACGUACGGCAGCGGCAACCUGAAGCGCGUGGGCGUGAUUCUUCAGAGGGGGGUUCUGAUCCUGCUCCUGGCCUGCUUCCCCUGCUGGGCCGUCCUGGUCAACACUCAGCCCCUCCUGCUGGUUGUUGGGCAGAAUGCAGAAGUUGCCAGGCUCUCUCAGCUCUACGUGAAGAUCUUCAUGCCGGCGCUGCCGGCGGCCUUCAUGUACCAGCUGCAGGGGCGCUAUCUGCAGAAUCAGGGCAUCAUGUGGCCCCAGGUGAUAACCGGAGCCGCCGGGAACGCUUUCAAUGCCAUCAUCAACUACAUCUUCCUGGGGGUGUUGGAGCUGGGGGUGGCUGGCUCGGCUGCGGCUAACGCCAUCUCUCAGUACGCCUUGGCGGUCUUUCUGUUUGUCUACAUGAGCGCCAGGGGCCUACACAAAGCCACGUGGGACGGCUGGUCGUCAGACAGUUUUCAGGAAUGGGGUCCCUUCCUGCGCCUGGCGUUGCCCAGCAUGCUGAUGACGUGCUUGGAGUGGUGGCUCUACGAGGUGGCCGGCUUCCUGGCGGGUUUGAUCAGCGAGGUGGAGCUGGGAGCCGAGUCCAUCGUGUACCAGCUGGCCGUCAUGAUCUACACGUUUCCGUUAGGCUUCUCGGUUGCCGGCAGCGUCCGCGUGGGAAACGCUCUCGGCGCCGGAGACACGGAGCAGGCCAAGCUGUCCGGCAAGGUCGCCCUCACGUGCGCACUCAUCAUCUCCUGCUUCGUCGGAGCUCUCCUCGCCGUGUCUCGGAAUGUCAUUGCUUACAUUUUCACCACCGACACGGACAUCGUGGCGAGGGUUGCCGACAUCCUGAAGUUGUACAGCUUCAUCCACGUGGCCGACGCCUUCGCGGCCGUGACCGGGGGCAUCGUCCGGGGGGCCGGCAAGCAAAUGGUGGGGGCCGUGUGCAGCUUGGUGGGCUACUACGUGGUGGGCUUCCCCAUCGGAGUGUCGCUGAUGUUCCCCGCCCACAUGGGCAUCAUGGGACUGUGGGCCGGAUUCUUCAUCUGCAUCGUGAUCCAGUCCUUCUUCUACACCGUCUUCUUGUGCCGACUCAACUGGAAGAAAGCCACAGUGGAGGCGCUGGUACGAGCUGGUGUCCCCCCCCAAGAACCAAGCAGGGUCUUUGUCAUAGAAAACAAAGCAUGUGACCAGGACCGCAGUCCAUCCAGUCCUGCGGAGUCCGGUUCCGAGCGGACGCGGUCGGACGGCUCGGCCUUAUCUGUCAGACAGCUAGUGCUACGGCGUGGACUCGCCGUGCUCGCCAUGAUCGGCCUCCUCCUCGCCGGCGUCUUCGUCAGCGAGCUGCUCGUCCAGCUCCAGUUAGGCCAGUAACGGUCAGGAGACGCUCGCUAGUCUGUCUGUGCUUCCACUGUGGAACUAACGAGGAGCGAAUCAGCAGUG